UCUGAAAGGGGUGUUUCCCAAGUUUUUGUGUACGUCUUCCACGUGUUGACAGCUCAGAGAGAGUAUGGAUACCGACGCCGGCGGAUUAGAAAUCUGACAUCGACUGUCAUUUAUCGGCGUAAUGUGUUGCAAAACGUGAUACAAUGCAUCUUUUACUCGCAAACGUAUUUUUUGUGACAUGUGUGAUUAUUGGCGGGGCUUCUGCUAAUGACAGAGGAGAUAGCAACACAGAAGAUCUAGGCCUACAGAGCCACGAAGAUGGUGAAGGGAAAAUCUCACAUAUAGAUGUGUACAGAAGCCUAUUUGAGAAACACCGUGUGAUGCAACUUGAUGCUGUGAAAUCAAUCCAAACAUUCGGGGAUUAUGCUCAGCGUCACCAGCUGGUUAAAAUCAUGGUACAACAAUUGUUUAAGGUUCUUGGUGAGGGUAAAGUGAACUUGACAGAAUGGGGAUACAUGCCCGGUGAUCCAUUUCCUCUGAACACGACCAUACGUGACAGUAUGUCGAAGGUUCUUGAGAACGUAGCCAUGUUUGGUGACCUUGUACUACGACUACCAGACAUCACCCAUGAAAUAUUCGAUAAGAACAAAGAAUGGCACCUAAUACUGGGCUGGGGUGUGUGGUUCUGUAACGAAUCCAAGAUCUUUCAAGGAAACAGUGCAAAACUUCUAUCACUGAUGGCUCAGGAAGUUAAUCUGGUUCCAAAGGAGGAGAAUUAUGUAAACCCAUUCAAGAAUGAAAAUAUUAUGAAAGAUCAGAUGAAGUUCAAGGACAGUAAACCAAAAAGUAAGAGCAAGAAAAAGAAGGAAAGAAAGAAAGGACCAAGGCUAAGUGGGGGAGGUCAGCACACAGAAUUGUGACCUCUGAUCUCUGACCCCAUACCACUGACCUCUGACCUUACCACUGGUCUUUGACCUUGUUUUGAUUGUUUCUCAGCGUUAGUGUCUGAUAUGACUUUUCUAUGUUAGAUCUUAUCGUCAGCACUUAUGACCUCCAUGACCCCUGAACCAAUAAAUGACCUUAACGAUUUUUGCUCCUCUGCUGUCCACACAGCAUUCAACAUUGAUCUCUGACCUUUGUAAUGAUUGCGUCUUCAAAUCAGCAUUUUAACUUUCAAUUCCUUAAAUUUGUACUACUAAGGGAAUUUGAUUGACAACUUACCAAAAGUAUUGACGAUGGCCACUGAUCCCGAUUCCUGAUUUACAUUCCCUUCCCAUCGUCAUAUGUGCUGUGAAGAUUGUUAUUCUUAUGCCUUCAAUUGUGUGGGAUAUUUUGUCACAUCGGUGUAAGGAAUUGAUAAAAAAAACAAUGGCAGUUCCUCGUCAAGACAAAGCUUUGGAUUAUCGUCAAAAGAAUUGACAAGAUUAUCAACUUUACAUUAGAGACUAAACUAUGACAUUAGAGACAAGGACAGUGUGGGAUUGAAUGUGUUGCUGGGUUGACUUUGAUUACCAAGGUAAAUGAGAACAUUGGUUAAGAGGUGGGUUGAUUAAUUGAAGAAAACAUCUGCAUGUGUUUGAAAUUUGAGUGAUUAAUAUGAAUGUUUGGGAUGACAGACAGCAAAUAUAAUCCUACAGUGAUCACGAAGUCAUAGUUGUAGAUUAUGGAGAAGGUCAAAGGUAGCUCAUCACUGAUUGGCUGCAUAUAUAUAUUGUCACAUGAUUCUUUUUAUGCACUUUGAAUUUGUCCAAUGUUUAUCUGACUAAAAGACACUUGUUAAAUAUUAUAGUUAUCAGCAUAAACAUUAAUGAUUCUUUUAUAAUGCUCCAUAGUCACAUAGUUUGAUAAUUCAAUAAUUAACCAAUCAUUGAUUAGCCCCAUAGUCACAUUGUUUCAUUAUUCAUUAAUAUAACCAAUCACUGAUUAGCUCCAUAGUCACAUGGUUUCAUAAUUCAAUAAUAUAACCAAUCAUUGAAUUGCUCCGUAGUCACAUGGUUUUAUAUCCAUUUUAAAAAUUACCAGUUUUAUUAAGAAUGAAAGUUACCUAUUUAAUUGUUGAUGGUUCAUGUUACUUUACAUCUACACGAUUUUUUAAAAUAAUGUUUUUUGAUGAACUGUUUAUUGUUAAGGUUAUAGAGAUGUAUUUCUGUUAAAGAUGAAGUGAGAUAAGGCUUCUUGUGAAUGCAAUACUUUUCAUAAUUCUUAAAAUUUCUAAGUUUGAAUGUAUUAUGGUACAUACAAACAGUCAUUUCAUUUUUGUGGGGAUAUGCAAGAAUACUUUUCUGUAAUCGUUAUUAGUCCCCAUGGAAUCGUUAUUAGUCCCCUACCGGUGAAACGGGGGAUGGAUGGACUAUAAGUUUUCGCUCCGCCUGUCUGUCUGUCUGUCUGUCUGUCCACUAAGUUAUCCGAUUUUUUGUCAGCCUUGCUUCAAGGUGUGUUGGUGAAAGUUGGGAUCAAGUUUGAGUUUCAGUGUUUUUGUGUCUGGGGUCAAGGUCACUGUUACUAUUUUUAGCGGGGGUCAGUAGGGGACAUGUAGUACUUUAGCAGUACCCAGCAUGCUUGUUCAUGUUUGUUUGUGUGUUGAUUACCAUACGUUUCAUAAUUGGUGCUGAAUAUAAAGACGGCUCAAGAAGAAUUACAAAUGAUAUAAGUAAGGUGGGAUUGAAUCGAUACGUUGUUGUAGACAUUUUAUGACGAAAGACUGCAUGUUUGACCUACAAAAUGUACCAAACGUACGCGGUAUCAGGGUCACAAUAUCAGUUUUAUGUUACAUAAGAUAAUCACAAGGGAUUCCGUCUGAAAUAAGGGAAAGUGAAACUUGGAACAUUCCCAGAUUCCGGGAAGAACUUGUAAGCUACCUUCAUGGAUUGGUUUGGAAUAUUGUUUCAAUACCAUCAUGAGCACGGCUAUGCAAUCUCUAUAUAUUUGACCCACUUUCACAGUAAGUUAAUGUGUUAACUACAUGCAUUUCAAUAUAUCAGUUUUAGAACAGAUUUAAGCGUGCUGAGAGGUGAGAAGAUGCUACAUUUAUCAUGUUCUUAUCAUAUGGUGUCUAUUUAGAAAGAAAGCGAUUUAACGUAGUCAAGAAACUUAUACAAAUCAGUUAAUUUGUCUUUGAUAAAUGUUCAGCCAUGAUCUGGAUAAGUUUCUCUUUUUAAUAUAAUUACAGAUUGGUUGAAUGUCUAAUUAAGUUAUUGAAAUAAAUUCUAGAUGGUUGAAUAUUUAAUUCAAACCUAUUUGUGUCAUUGUAAAACAUGAAAUGUUCGUGUGCAAUUUCUUUCGUGGUUUGGAGCUUUGGAAUUAUUUUGUGGGUGCAAAUUUCGCGGUUAACCCAUGUAACAAUAACAUAACAAUAAUGCAUACAGCAAUAUUCGUUGUAUUUAUAUUCGUGGUUCCGUAACAACCACGAAAACCACGAAAGUUUAUACACGCUACAUGUUAUACAGUAUCAGUUUUAAUCUGUUUCGUUGUAUAAAAUGAGUUCUGGUAUGAAUGAAAGUCUGAUGUACUGGACGUCAUUCCAAUGGUUUGUCCGACAUUUUCAGUUGGCAGUACUGUUUCGUUUCGUUACAGUUUCAAUCUGUUUCGUUGUAUAAAAUGAGUUCUGGUAUGAAUGAAGGUCUGAUGUACUGGACGUCAUUCCAAUGGUUUGUCCGACAUUUUCAGUUGGCAGUACUGUUUCGUUUCGUUACAGUUUCAAUCUGUUUCGUUGUAUAAAAUGAGUUCUGGUAUGAAUGAAGGUCUGAUGUACUGGACGUCAUUCCAAUGGUUUGUCCGACAUUUUCAGUUGGCAGUAGUUCUAAAACUUUUGAAUCGGCUACAUGUUGGCAUUGACUCCUAGCGUUUCUGUAUAUAGUUUGUGUUAGGGAAGGUGCACCAUAGUUGUGUAGUAUCCAAAGGAUAUAUUACUCUAGAUGAAAUGUGAGUUAAUUGUUAUUAGUUGUGUUUGAUGCCAUGAACCUGUAUUGGGAAAGUGAACAUGAAAACAGACUUGUGUUGAUUGAAAGGCGCCAUAAACUGUUCUAUAAGAAUUCGUUUAACAAGCAUGAAAGUGGUGACGUUUGCCGUAGGGAUUCUACUUAGUUUACCGUUGUAGUACGUGGGCAAACUAUUCCGUUAUUAAACUGAACGAGAGCAUGUGAUUUUGUAUUUGUUUCUUAAGGUUAUUUACUAUCCAAGUUAAUAUUUAUAUCAACUUCGUGGAUUAAAUUCGAUAUGAAAUGUGAAUGACCUCGUUUAAAAAAGAAUAUGUAAUAGUCGAUGAAUGUUUGCUCCUGCAACAUAAUCAUUUUUAUGGAUAGAGUUUUUUUAUUGCAUGUCCUACGGGGAUAUUUUAAUUAGUGUAAAAUGCUAUUGAUAUGAAAAGAUCCUGUAAGAGUCAUUGAAAUUCAAAUAAUCGUAUUUAUGGGUAAGAUUUGUUAUUGCAUGUAUGCCCUACGAGAGCAUUUGUGUAGUGUUAAAAUGCCACUGGUUGAAAAUGUCUGUUGCUGUUUGAAAGUGUGCAUGUAAAUUCAUUAGAAAUAUACAGGAAUAUUAAAGAAAGAUAGUCAGUUAAGGGUUUUUGUUUGUCUUUUUUUGUGUGUUUCUUUUUAUUGUUUUUUUUUUUGUUUUGUUUUUUAUCAAACGGCUCCAAAUGAGGGCGUUCUUCAGAUUUUCAAAAUCAUCAUUUGUUACCUAUAGUUGUUGGAUGUUCCAAUAUUUUAAGAAAAUGCUCAGAUUUUUGACAUUUUUAAGUUCAUUCUUAAUUAUCAGAAAAAUGCAUCAUUUGUGAAGUUGUUCCCCGUGUUUAAUGAAAUAAUUUCCAGCGGUCCAAGUAAAGAAAGCUACCAAAAGUCAAAAUACAUAUUCUGAACUGUUAGUUACUUGUGAGCACUAACUGUUUUAUAAAGUCAAGGAUGCCCAAGCUCUGGAAGUUUGAUGAGAGUAAACAAUGUUUCCAAGCAUAACUUUUCUUUGUUACUAGUAAUUUGUCUUAGAGGGGACACCUUUUUCGGAAUGCAUAUUAAAAAAAUGCCUCCAUGUUCAAAAGAGUCAAUGUGAUGUUCUUAUAAAUUUGGAUCUAUAUCCUCAAUAAAAAAAAUAUUCACCUCA